AUGAUUUACUACCAGCAUCGACCUGCCGGGCUCACCGCCAGAUGUUGUUCUGUCUCCCACAGCAGCUCACGAGACUCUGAGGAGCCUCUGGACAGAAAGAGCAACAGUGACCGGUGGAGCCGUCCGUCGCCCACCUCCAUCUUUCACCCAGAGCUCCUCUCCACAACAGCUCUGCAGGAAAAGACUCCUGCACACACUCCGGCUCCAACCUCAGAGACUCAAACAGCCGCUGAGCAGCAGCAACAACCAGCGGAGUCCACGUCCAGGUCCGAAGCUGUGGGUGAAACCAGGAGCAGCACCAGAGGCCCCACCCUGAAGCCUCCACAGUUCACUGAGCCUCCCUUCAUCGGGGACACCUACAUGGGCGAAGACGUCCCUCCACAGAAUAACUGCACUGACGGCGUUAGAAGUCGAGUUGCUCAGACAGAGUUUGGUGGACGGUUUCUGAGGAGGAUUCCGGUUCUGCAGUGGGCCGAUCACCUGAGCCGAGAGCAGUACCAGCGUCUGAGUCAGUACCCAGGAGCUCAUGGCUGGGGGGGGAUCGACUACAACUGUGAGACCAACGGGGCGAUCAUUAAGGGCUUCGAGCAGGAUGUGGGGUCUCGGACCACCCACUACACCUUCUCCACCAACACGUUAAUGAACUCUAUGAGGAGCUACGCGGGACUCGGCUACAAGGGACCGCCGCUGUCUCAGGAAACACGAUACGUCUUCCUGCCCGACCACGACCGUGACUACCUGCUGAUGAAGGCUGCAGCCACGCACGUCCCAGUGGAGAGAGGGCCCGAGCGAGCCAAAGAUCCCACCAAGUUCUUCGGAGAGGACGUGACAGCGGAGAAGCUGAAGAUGUACCACCCCGACUUCAUCCGUUACCUCAGGAACAGAUUCCUUCGAUCCAGUGCUCUGAAAACCAAAUACAAGGACAUCUAUCGUCCGUCGACCGGAGCUGUGAUGCUGUUGGCUGCACUGCAUUCCUGCGACCAGGUGAGCGCCUACGGCUUCAUGACCCCCGACUAUAAGAACUACUCCGACCACUACUACGACAGCAACUACCACCCAGUGGGCUUCUACAUCAACCACGACCUGCGCAUGGAAAUGACUCUGUGGCAGCAGCUGCACCAGGCCGGCCUCAUGCGACUCUACAUGCACUGAAUUCAGGUCGACAGGAAAUGAAGUCAUCGGGUCUGCAGUCGAGCUCCGAGCUCGAGGAGGCAGGAAGUCACGGCGGUUCAUGAUUCUCUGAACUGACCAAAUGACAGAAGUUUUUUUUUUCAUGAAGGAAACAUUAUUUUUUUGAACUGUUCAGCGAACAGACUCAGUUUAUUUUAACAAAGACGUGUCUGAGUGAGACGUUUUAAUCACAUCAUCCCAGAGAGCGAGGGUUUGGUGAUCUGCAGGAUGCGUCAGACUGGAUAAACUAACAAACAGCAAACCAAUGUUCAAGAUCCCCAGAGGAUAAAUCCACAGAUUUUUCAUGUAGCGCCAUCUUCAGGUCAUUUAGUGAAAUAUCUCCUCAGAACCAGAUGCCACUUGAAAUAAAGAUGGACGACAUGUUUCCACUUUCUAAAUUUUCCUCAGGAUUGAUAAAGGAUCCAUCCAUCAAUGAAGCCAACUUUAUAUCGUCAGGUAACUAAUUCAAACCAAGCUAAUCUGAAACACUUGAACUGACAAACACUUACUCGGGUUUGAUGUCAGUUGUUAAAACCAGUUUUAUCCCUGAGGCUGGAAAUAAAACAAGAAACAAGCGUCAGCGUGCUCUCAGCUACAUCAGCUUGGAUUAGGACAGAUUUAAUCAUUUAUAAUCUAUUUAUUCCCGGCUCUGUCUGUUGAGGGCGCCGAGAGUUUAAAACAAACACUGUCUGAGCUUUAAUCUGUUUUAAAAUCAGUUUUCCUCCUUCAUGAAUCACUAAACCCAUGUUCGCUGGGAGGGGUUUAUCGUACAAUCAGUCUUUAAGUUUCUUGCUGCUGUGGUAGCGCGUGUUGACGAGGGGACGAGUCUGCAGCUCAGUCGGCCACUUGCUCAAAAUAUCUCCUCGCCCUAAAUAGAAGGUUGGAGCACUGCUGGCAGUGACUGGUCUGACAUUUACCCACAACUCUCUCUGUCUGUGUGUAUUUACUGUACGACUGUGGAUGGUAACACAAAUCAUGAAGCUUAACGGGAAGUUUGAUUAGUUUGAGGAACUUAACUUAUUAUUUUCUGUGGUCUUUCCUCUUUUAAGCACGUUUCUCUACGAGGUGCCACACUGACGAUCAGAACGACGUGUGGACUCUUUCUGUGCCUUCUUAAUGUGAAUCACAAUGUUUCCAUGACAACACAAACCAGAACGUCUGUGGCCUUUUCUCUGUUUGGAUUUCGAGGCCGUCGCCGAGGUCUCGUCCGGAGGAAUGUGCUCCUUCACGCUGCUUCACCUGGACUCCGCUCUGAGCCGUGACAAUGAAGGUCGAAGUUCAUGGAGAUUUAUUGUCAAACUGAACUAAGUGGCACAGAUUGUCUCUGUCGUUGAACAGAUGUUUUCAUGAUGUUCCAGGCGUUGACACUAUACUGUAGAGGAAAGAAACCAAAGACACACUGUAAAUCAGGGGAUAUUCAAAAUGUACUUUAUAUAUGGAACAGUCAUGUGGAAUACUGAACCGUGUUUUUACGUGUAAUGGGAGGAAGACGAAAGCUUUAAUUUGUGCAAUUUCACUUUUUUAUUUUGAACUUUUUAAAAAUCUGUAUAAAAGGAAACUGUGAUUUUAUCUCA